GAUCUAAAGAGAGUGAACUUACCAGAGUUGUCAUGAGCUUCCAAUUUGAGGGUGACUUUUGGGAUCGAUACUGGACAUGUCGCGUAUUGGAAGCUGACAAGCCAACUGCGAGGAAGUAUCGAGAGGCUGCAAGUCAGGUAUGGAACCAAGCUAACAAAGAUUAUAAGAGGUCUUACUUCCAGGCCGCCAGAAGGGUGAAAAGGACAUUCAUUGGGGAUUACCCAAAAGUGAGCGGCACCGAAUGGAUCAUGUCGUACCGAUGGCGUGUCGAUUUGAUGGACGCCUUUAAGUUUGACCAAACUCCUUGGCAACGACGAAGAGUUCCAGGCGUGGUUGUGUAUGUGCAGAAAGGAGGAGAGCACGUAGAACGAGGGAAUCCCUGAGGAGGAGACCGAGGAACCAGACUACGACGCUCUCGACAUCACAACGUACAGCUACUUCGUCACGACGAAGUUGAUUAAAAAAGUUCAGCAGAUUCUCCAGUUGGUAGAAGGAGAUCUAGAAGAGAACAUUGCACAAAUCGUGCAGUGGGGAAACCGAGAAAAGGAUAGAGACGCCGAGAAACCACGAUGGACCUACCACGACGAGAGUCGAUAUCG